UUUCUUCUUAUUCAGAGUACUCUUACCAGCCAAAGGUUAUAAAAACGACAUUUUCUUCUUUUUAUUACAGUUGCUAAACUUCACACAAUGUAAGCUGUCCUGGCUGUAAUUUUCAGCAAACUGACAAAAGAUAGACGAAAAAAAAACGUCGGCAAAAUGUACGAUUUUGUCCGCCUCGCCAGCACAUAAUAAAAAUCCACUCAACACUGCGUGAAUACGACAUAAGAAGCGCACAUCAUUCAGGCGCAAAUCAUCCGUCAAGCGUCAAGGCGUUAGCCACUUAGUAACUCAACGCAGUAAAGCAACGCAGAGUGGUGUCACACUCUUCAGCACUCCACAGCUCGCGUGUCCGCCUAAACAUGCUUAUCUCACAUCCUGCACCGGCACAGCUUGACGCGGGCAUCCCGAUAGACGCAGCCUCAUCAUACGCCACAGCCACCACAUUGCGCGCGUAUUAUGACGACGUGGCAGGACUGGCUUUGGCCGCUGCUGUCGGCAAUAUAGCCGCUGUCAACUCUUUCGUCGACAGACUGCGCAACAAAAGUGAGCCGGACGGCCGUGGCAGCGGCCACAGUGAAAGCGACUAUGAUGACGCGGAUAUCGAUCCUGCCUCGGAUUAUGUGCCACCCGAGCAACGACCCGAGACAUAUAUUAUCACAGUGCUGUUUGCGCUCAUCUUUAUUGUUGGCGUUUUAGGUAAUGGCACUUUGGUGAUAAUAUUUUUUCGGCAUCGUUCCAUGCGCAACAUUCCCAACACCUACAUUUUGUCUCUGGCCUUGGCCGAUCUGCUGGUCAUCAUCAUUUGCGUGCCGUUGGCCUGUAUUGUCUAUACACAGGAGAGUUGGACGUUCGGCGCCCAAAUGUGUCGCAUCAGUGAAUGCUUCAAAGACAUUUCCAUUGGCGUUUCGGUGUUUACACUGACCGCUUUGUCUGGCGAGCGCUAUUGUGCGAUAGUGAAUCCGUUGCGUAAAUUGCAGACAAAACCUUUGACCGUCUUUACCGCCACCAUGAUCUGGCUGCUGGCCAUUUUGUUGGCGACACCAUCUUUUGUCGUCUCGGACAUACAAGAAAUACAUUUGCCGCCAGGUGGACACAACGAGAAUCUGACGAUAAUUGUUUAUUGCUCGCCAUUUGGACGUAAUCGCACUAAUCUGGAGUCGUAUACCAGGUAUACAGUGAUCAGCAAGGCGUUCGUCUAUUAUCUGUUGCCGCUAUUUAUUAUUGGUGCGCUUUACAUCCUCAUGGCUAAGCGUUUGCACACGAGUGCACGCGAAAUGCCCGGCGAAGCGUUGGGCAUGCAGACCCGGUCGCAGGCGCGAGCCCGUCGCCACGUAGCUCGAAUGGUGGUCGCUUUCGUUGUGGUAUUCUUCGUCUGCUUCUUCCCCUAUCAUCUAUUCGAGUUGUGGUUCCAUUUAAAUCCAACUGCCAAAGAGGACUUUGAUGGCUUCUGGCACGCGAUACGCAUAAUUGGAUUCUGCGCGAGCUUUCUGCACUCGUGCGUUAAUCCCGUUGCAUUGUACUGCGUGUCUGGCGUAUUUCGACAGCAUUUCAAUCGGUAUUUAUGCUGUCUGUGCAUCAAGCGGCAGCCACGUAUCCGCCAACAUUCCACAGCGACGGGUCUGAUGGACACCAGCAUUAUGUCGAUGCGGCGCUCCACUCUCAGCAACUACAAUCGCGCAUCGCUGCAUAUUCACAACAACAAUAGCAACAUGAUGCACAGCCGAAGCGGAGUUAACAGCAGUGGUGUUGGAAGUGGUGGCUCCACCAAUUUUCAUCGACAAACUUCGAUACCACUGCAACACAGCGUUGCUAAACAGCGGAAUGGCUCUGGAGGCGUUGUCGGCGCUGCCAGCGGCAGUGACCAGAGGUGAGGAACGGUGGUGCUGAUGCUUCCAGCAGACGAAUUUCUCUAAAUAUGAGCGCACUGUAUGAAACUUGCAAAUGGCCACCCAACACACACCUGCACUCACUGGCUAGUAUAAAAAUGUUUACAAUGGCACUUGUUCAACUCUGCUGCGAAAAUAAAGAGUAAGGAUGUUUACGAAGAUCAUUCACCUCCAUAAUGAUGCUUAAAUUGAAUGUUAUGGUAGGAAAUUGCUAUCGUAAGGAGCGGUGUUAAACCCCGCUUUGAAGCCAAGUUGUGUCUGGUUGUUACACAAGUUGUGACAUGGCUGCUGUAUAUCUGGCUGUGUGUGUGUUGAAAGAGCUAAAGCGCGAUCCAUCUAGACCUUUGUUUUUUUAAUUUUAAAUUAAACACUUAAAAUGGAACUGGUUGUUGGAGGCUAUAUUAUUACCCGGAAGAAGAAACUGUGAUAUUUACUCUUAAUAAAAAUAAUUCCAUUCAAAUUUUGGUCACGGACAGAACAUAACAGUCAAUAUCGAGCGCUACCGCACCAUGAAAACGGACUUUUUGUUGCCUGAAAUUGAAGCCCGUGAUGUCGGAAACAUUUCGUUUCAGCAAGUUAUCGUGUGAUAUCGCAUCUCUGGAUUUUUUUCUUUGGAGCUAAGUGAAGUUAAAAGUGUUUGUCGAUAAGCCAGCUGUGAUUCAAAACUUGGAACCGAACAUUACUCGCUUUGCUGGAAACAGUAAUUGACCUUCCGAAUGGAGCACACACACCGUAGUCGUGGCCAACAUUUGAAUGAGAAUAUUUUCAAAAAGUGAAUGUUGGAGAUUUUUCUUUCGGGUAAUAAUAAAGAUUCCGUCUCAAGCGUUUUAUUUAAAAAUAAGCAACAAGUUUUGAGGUUUGUGUAAAUAAAAAAAUAGACACAUCUUAUCAAUGCAAAUAUAUGUACUUAAAAAAACCAAGUUUUAAUUUCCUAUAGGUUAGAAAGUUGAUGAUGAAUAAAAUAAAAUAACGACAUGCGGUAAAAUGGAGUAAAAUAUGAAGGCUAUGCGCUGAAUAAAAUUAUCCGCUACAAAAAUAUGAUAAUACGAGUAUGUUUUGAAACAGUUUUCAGACUUCAAAGAAAAAAAAUAUAUUUUAGUUUCAGAAUUAUGUAACUACACAUUUAUUGUAAAAUGGCAAAAAACAAGAACAAAGUACUAUUUUUUGAUUAACAUGUUAAUUUUUCUGCAAUACCGUUUUCAUGGUAAUGUCUUAAACCCUUACAAAAUUCUUGCUGGCAACCACAGUUAGGCGAUUCACAAGACGUAAAAUCUCAAACUUAAAAUUUGUUUAUGUGAAAUAAUGAUUAAAAUGAUUUACGAGGACUUCUAACUAAACCGAUAAUUAGCCACCCCUAAAAUAAUUUUAACCGUUAUUUUACAUAAAUAAAUGUUAAGCUCAAGAUUUGACGACGCUUCUUAACACGUCUUGUGAAUCCCCUAAAUAUGUUUGUACUCUAUUGCACGUGAUUUCUGUCGCUCUGCUUCGGUCUAAUGUCGGAGGCUGCCGGAAGCAAUUUGUCAAUACCAAAUUAAAGGUUAAACGUCAGCUGAGUGGGGUGCAUUUGGAAAUGGAGUGCAAGGUAGCAUCCGCGCAAAGAAAGUUUAUUAUAAGACCGCAACAACCUUACUCUCGAUCAGCUUUAAGCCAUUCAACAACUCGGAAACCUUUUUUACGGUAAAACCCAAUUCUUGACAAUUUCUUGAAAAUACCAGGUUGCUUUUCAAAAUUUUUAAUAAUGUUUUCCCGUACUACAGUAUUCCCCGGUUAUUUUAUCCCCGGUCACAGCUCCUACCCAAUUUUUUAACUUAAAUACAUAACCGGUACUCAAUAUUCCCACUUGAGGGGUACGUCAACUCAUCCGGAGUUUUUGAACGGUAAAUAAAUUCAUCCUGGUCCUGCCCUCUCACUGAGUUAUUCAAAUUUGAGUAUUUCAUUAGAAAAAUGUGAGCAAAUGUAUAACGGACAAUUUUAUUCAGCGAAGGCCUAAUAACACUGUAUGAAAAAUUUAAAUU